UGAGACAAUGAAAUCAGUCCGUAUCAUAUCCUCAAAUCCCAAAUCUCUAGGCUUUUCUCUUGCGGUCUCUUGAACAUUCUAAAAAAUGGAAUUGGUUUCGGACGAGAAGGAUUUUAGGUUCACCUCUCAUUCUCCCACUUGGGAUGACACAGAACCCAAGCUGAAGAAGCAGAGGCUAGGUGGAAAAAGCGAUGGAAUCAGCAGCGGUAGCAACAGUAAUGGAAGCGGUAGAGACAGCAACAACAAUGGAAGCGGAGUCACCAACGUCUUCAUUGGCAACAAUCAGGAUGAUGUCUACUUUGUGGAAUACAAGUAUAUGCUAUUAUCUCGGGCUUUGUUCUGGCCUUUCCCCUUUGGACAGGGCCUAGACCUAUCAAUUUCACCAAAGAAGAUGAUCGAGAUAGUUAUGGAACACAAUCUAUGAGGUGCAUCGAGGUUGCUCCAGGAAACCUAAAGGAGAAACUGCAACUGGUUGGCAUAGUGAGGGCCAAUUACACUUUUGGCUAUGGCUUUGUGUAUUGGAUAACUAUGGAUGUCAGGAACAAAGGAACAAAGAUACAGGUGAAAUCAAAACUUGCAUAUGUAAAGUCCACCAUGGAAUUAAGGCUGGAGACGAGGAUGAUAUGAUUGUGUUGAACAUUUCAAUUUUAUCCCUUGAAACCUUAAAUAUCCAUCUGCAAGGUGACUGUUGUUUUUU